AUGCUUCUACUAAUACCUGAAGUGACUCCUAAAAUCGCUGCUUCGAUUUACCCAUUGGAACUGGUUUUGGGAUGCGUCAUUGCUUGGAUUCUAGGUGAGGAUAGACUGGAAUUGCAGCGGCGUACGUACUAUUUGCUUGAGUCGAAAAAUAUCAUUAAUGGAAUAUUCGCAUACAAGGGCAAUUUGGUCUGGACUGUAGAUUUUGUGUGCCUGGCUCUGGUUCAAAUCUACGUUAAAUGUCGGAACCACGCUUUGCUUCCCAGAGAUGCCAGGACGAAUUCUUCUGGUCCAUUGAAAAGCCUUUUGAAGCAAUAUACGUCGAAGAUUAUACUGAAAAAUGUCCUACUUGCCAUCACUUUCUUUAUAAUUGACAGUAUUUUUGUUCUGACGGGAGGCUCAUGUCUUAAUGGGGACGUUACACGUUCAGCAGAACGUUGUAGGAUCAGCGGCGGACAAUGGCAGGGAGGAUUCGAUAUUAGUGGACAUUUUUGCUUCCUUGUGAAUAUCAGUAUGAUUCUCUGGUUGGAGCUUUCGCAGUUUCGAAGCUAUAUGGAAAGGGAAAGUGUGGUGUUCCCGGUCAGCAAAGUGGUCAAUGGCGUCCUUGUUGUUUCUUCUGGUGUACUUGGGAUAUGGGUUCUUAUGCUUAUGGUAACAGCGGUCUAUUACCACACAGUGCUAGAGAAAGUUUUGGGGUGCGCAUUGGGGUACGUGUGUGUCUUAGUGAUGUAUUGGUUGAUACCGCGCUCCAGACGCUUCAACGGCUUGCUUUAUAGCUGA